AUGGUCUCUAGACAACCGAGACCGUCCUACACCAAGGAGCAGAUCUCCAAGUAUUUUGGGCGUCUGAGGUUGCCCGAAAAGGACCACAAGUAUGGUGUGGCGGGACUGAGCUCCGAGGAUGCGCUGAAGUACCUCACGCUGCUGCAAAAACACCAUCUUGCCGAGAUUCCCUUCGAAAACUUGACGCUGCACUAUUCAGCCCAUCAUUCCAUAAAUGUCCAUCCCGAGGCCCUGUUUACCAAGAUCAUCGGUGACAACAACGGUCGUGGAGGAUACUGCAUGGAAAACAACGCCUUGUUUGGGACGCUGCUGUCCUCGCUUGGCUUCAGCAUCUACUCUGCCGGAGCUCGUGUCAAUAACGGGGGUGUAUUUACAGGCUGGUCCCACAUGGUGAACAUGGUAACCAUAGGAGAAACCAAAUACCACGUCGAUGUUGGUUUUGGUGGCAACGGUCCAGUCGUGCCCAUGCCCUUAGACCGCCCCCAAGUCAUCAAAGAACACAUGAAGCCAGCCGCAGCUCGUCUGCAGUGGCGUAAUAUUCCUGGAAACACCGAUCCAAACCAACGUCUCUGGGUGUACGAACACCGACCAGACGAAGACAGCGAAUUUGCCCUGAUGUACUGCUUCACCGAGCUUGAGUUCAUCCCAAGUGAUUACGUAGUCAUGAACUACUUUACCAGCACGAGUAAGCAUACCUUCUUCACAAGGACGAUCGUGGUAGAGAAGAAAAUUCUGGACGAUGCUGGAGAGCUGGCAGGGAGUCUGAUCAUGAGUGACAAGGACCUGAAGUGGAGGAUGCACGGGAAGAAGGAGAAGCAAAUCGAAUUCGAGAGUGAGCAAGAUCGCUUGGGCGCUCUCGAGGAGCAUUUUGGCAUCCGCUUUGGGGAGGUUGAGAGGGUAGGCAUCCAAGGACUGCCGUCAGAAAUCAAGUAG